AUGAACCCCCGCGAGACUUCGAGGCGGCUUCCACCGUUGGCUCCCGGCCCGCAAAUACCCAUACUACCGAUAUCGACGGCGAUCAUACGACCCAAGAAGAAUUCGACUGCUUGCCUUGCUUGUAAGCAGAGCAAGAAAAAGUGUACCGGUCCACCACCACCCUGUAAAACUUGCGAGGCCACGGAAGGAGAGUGUAUCUUCGACGAAACUCUCGAUCGUAGGCGCAAGGUUGCCGUCAAACGCACGAUUGAUGAACUCGAAUACCACAAGGAUGUGCUCCAUUCCUUGCUCGGAUUUCUUCGCUCAGCGGACCCUGAAAAUAUAGCACGGCUCAUGGCGGUGAUACGUACCAACGCUUCUUUGGAGGAUAUUGUCACUGCAAUCAGUCAAAAUAUCUUCGACUACCCUAGGUUCACGUCACCCCUAUGCAGAAACUGUGCAGAUAUUGAUGAGCGAGAGGCCCAACUCUCGCCUCUCAGCACAGAGUCUAACCAACGGCGAUCGUUUGUGUCGUUGGAAAAACUCUGCGAUAUUCCCCUGUUCAGAGUCCCGGCUAAGCCUUGGACCAGUGUCACCGAUGAUGACCAUCUUGUCUCACAUUUAGUGUCCCUGUAUUUCACGUGGGAUCACCCAUGCUCCCAGUUGAUUGAUCAGAAAUUGUUUCUAGAGCACAUGGUAUCGAGAAAUACGGACUCGGAAUUCUGCACCCCCUUUCUGGUCAAUAGUCUGUUGUCAGUGGCAAGUGCAUAUUCUGACUUGCCAGAGGUCUUAGCCGUUACUCAUGGUGUGAACUCGUGCGGUCAACAUUUUUAUGAUGAAGCAGAGAAAUUGUGGAAAGCCGAGGAAGGUCGGGCGACGCUUGUGAAUAUUCAAGGAAUUCUUCUCUUGGGCUGCUUCCUUGAGGCUCAGGGAAAACCCGAAGCUGGCUGGCUGAUGAUCAGACAAGCCGUGCAGCUAGCCCAAGACUUUGGAAUAUUUCAAGUUCCCCGGAUACCGUACCGGAAUCCAAGGGCCAUUUCAGCAGAUAUGCAGCAUGUAGCCGCGCUCACAGCUUGGGGUGUCUUUAUUCUCAAUUGCCAAAUGUCGAUGACACUCCGAAAGAUUGCCAACUUAGGUAGGCCGAUCUUCUGGCCAUAUGCUCAAAAACACCACAGCGACGGCAUUGCCUGGACGCCGUAUCCUCGUUCCAAUCAGAUCGAAUGUACAUCGAGACCCGCACUUCUUCGAUGUGUCAUGACUGAAUUGAUCAAACUGAUGGAAAUCGCGUGGGAAAUUCAUGGGCUGCUGUUCGAACGGGCCUUUGGUAGUGAUCCUGGGGACAUCUGGGCUGCGGCCAGUGACUUUCAUAGACGACUUCAAAACUGGUCACGGAACUUGCCGAAGGCGCUCGAUAUCGAUGACCAACCAGUGCCACAGGUGCUGUUCCUGCAUACAGUCUGUCACCAGAAGAUUAUAGCACUUUUCAGUAUCUUCGUUGAGAGCCCCGAUUUCGCCUUCACUCCCCAUCCAUCUCUAUCAAAACAGGCCGAAGGGAUACGGUACCAGUCUGCGAAAGAGAUCGCUCGAUUCCUUGCUAUACAGCGGCGGUUCUAUGGUCUCAAGCAUAUACCGUACCACAUGCUUGAAGCCACCCGGACUAGUCUCCUUGCGUUGCUUCCGGAUCUGGAGAGUGAUGAGUCGGUGGAGGCGUUUGCUGAGCUCUGCCAGCACAUCCGUGCAUUCAGUACAAGGUUCAAAUCUGCCAAAGAUGCCAUUGAGGUUAUCAAGUCGACCGCCCGCAAAUUAUGUAUCAAGUUGCCAAUUGGUGUGGCCUCCCUCCUCGAUGAUCCCGGAACGUAUGCCGACCACGCCCAGGAUCUGCACGGAUGA